UCAUGGGCUUGUUCAACAUUCACAUCUCCUAUAUAUACAAAUCCAUAAGCAUAUACAGAUUUGACACAUGUCCAUACAUCUAUAUCUAUAUCUACAUAUAUAUCUAUAUCUAUCGACAUCUCUAUAUAUGUCUAUAAAGCGGGUUUUUUGGAACAAUAAUAAAAUCCUCUUUUUCUCCCAUCAAGAUUUUUCAGAGAGACAGGGAGAGAGAGACUCUGCCCCUUCCGCUUCCCUUUGUCCAAACCCCAGAAAAUCUAUCCCCCAAAACCUCCCCCCACAUUGCCACAGGAACCCAGACAGACACAGACUUAACCUUGUAGACAGUGUUUCAGCUUCGAGCUUCCAUCUACGGUCGAGGGAGCAGCUGAUUGAAGUGGGGGAAGCGGCCAGAAUGGGGGCGAUUGCUGCUGCUGGGCUUCUGAGGAUGGGGGUGCUGGUGGCCCUGCUGUUGGCGAGCUUGGCAGUGGCGGAGAGAGGUGCAGCCGCAGGGGAGGCCCUCCUCGGGGGGCGCCGGCAGCAGGCGUACGCGACGAUGAUGUACAUGGGGACUCCGAGGGACUACGAGUUCUACGUGGCCACACGGGUCCUCAUCAGAUCCCUCGCCAAGCUCAACGUCGACGCCGAUCUGGUCGUCAUCGCCUCCAUGGACGUCCCCCCUCGCUGGGUCCAAGCUCUUGGGGAGGACGGGGCGAAGGUGAAGAGAGUGGACAACCUUAACAACCCGUACAAGAAUCAGCAUGACUUCAACACGAGAUUUAAGCUUUCGCUUAACAAGCUGUACGCGUGGAGUUUGGUCGAGUAUGAGAGGGUUGUCAUGUUGGACGCGGACAACCUAUUCCUCCAGAAGACUGACGAGCUGUUCCAGUGCGGGCAGUUCUGUGCUGUCUUCAUCAAUCCCUGCAUCUUCCACACAGGACUCUUUGUGUUGCAGCCGUCAAUGAAAGUUUUUGAUGACAUGGUUCAUCAGCUAAACGUCGGGAAAGAGAAUCCAGAUGGAGCUGAUCAGGGCUUCAUUGGCGGGUACUUCCCUGACUUGUUAGAUCAACCGAUGUUUCGCCCUCCCCCUAACGGCACCAGACUCACCGGAAACUUCAGGCUCCCACUCGGUUACCAAAUGGAUGCUUCUUACUACUAUCUUAGGCUUCGUUGGAACAUACCAUGUGGACCCAACAGCGUGAUCACUUUCCCUGGUGCACCGUGGUUGAAGCCCUGGUACUGGUGGUCUUGGCCUGUCCUGCCACUAGGAAUAUCGUGGCACAAACAGCGCCGCCAGACUCUCGGGUAUGGAGCAGAAAUGCCUUUUGUAGUGAUUCAAUCGGUAUUCUACUUGGCGAUGAUCAUGAUGACCCGACUGGCCCGCCCCAACUUCUCAAAGCUCUGCUAUCGGCGCGCGACUGACAAGAACACGUCCCUGAUCCAGACAUCCCUCAAAGUGAUUGCGAUAUGGUCCAUCCUCGCAUCCUACAUAAUCCCAUUCUUCUUGAUUCCCCACACUAUCCACCCCCUCAUUGGCUGGAGCCUGUACCUGCUCGGUGCACUUGCCUUCUCAUCCAUCGCGAUCAAUGCCUUCAUGCUCCCAACACUCACUGUCCUGGUCCCCUGGGCUGGGAUCCUUGGGGCCCUCCUGGUGAUGGCCUACCCUUGGUACAUGGACGGCGUGGUCAGGGCCCUGGCUGUGUUUGCCUACGCAUUCUGUUGCGCCCCGAUAGCAUGGUUGGCCCUCAUGAGGGUCAUGGCAAGCCUACAGGUAUCACUUGAGAGGGAGGUCUUCCUUCCAAGAUUAGGGGAAUCCUCUCCUGCCCCGGGAUUUAACAAGUUGUACUAACGUCCUGAAAUGAACCGGGAUGGAAGUUGAGCAGUGACAGGGCAUGAUUUAUUCUUUUGGAGUGCAGUUCCUACAUUUUGUAGCAUAGAAUUCAUUUGAUUAACAUGUGAUUGCUUCAAUUGGAAUUUUUCUUGCUUUAACCUUUUA